UUCGACCUUCGCCAGACGCGUUUCGAUGAGCUGGAUGCACAACGCCUCGCGUCUGUCGCCUCGAAAACAACGAAACGAAGGCCCGCGGAAGCAUGGGCUGCACGCAACUCCAUCCGCGUUCAGGAGGUGCUCAUUCCUUCAGCCCCAGACUUCAAGACGCAGAACCGGCAGAGAGCCCACCUUGAAGGAACCGCCGUCUCGUCUUUCAUGAAGGCAUGAACGAGUACGCGUCUUUGGCAGUUGUGACCCUACUGUUCCUGGUCAGCGCCCUGUGCUCGGAGUGGGAUUGCAAUGUAACUCUUCCCUGGAGUGUGGAGAACAGCGAUCACCCGGUCAUACCGCGACGUGUCCUCCAGGAUCUUCUUCGUUGUCCGCACGAACUACAUGGAUGCACUCCUUCGCCGGUUGUGUGCGACGAGCAGCUCUUUGCGGUGACGUGUUCGUGCGCGAAUAACUGCGAACUCUACGGCGACUGUUGUUGGGACGCCGGACCUAAUUUGUCGUCCAUAACGCCGGCAACCUGUGUGGCGCGGAAUGUCGACCAUCAUUUUGGAAGGAACUUCUACGUCAUCUCCGCGUGCAACCCAAAGUGGCCGGAUGACGGCGUGCGUCGAUCGUGUGAGAAUGCGACGAACUCGAAGGAGGCCUUCUACUUGAUACCUGUGACCACCAGAAAGAUGGUGACGUACUUGAAUGCUUUUUGUGCUCUGUGCAAUUACGACUUGGACGACACGGCGACGUUUUGGAAUUCCACGGGAAAGCCCCAAAGCGGAUUUCAGGUCGACGUUCCGCCAUUCGUCUUGAAGAACGUGGAUACUUACCUCAGACCGUGUGACCCUCAUUUAGUUAACGUAUUUAAAUGCCCCGAAGGGGCAGACAGUGAACUAGCGCGAAAGUGUAAUACCUAUUUUGCUCCUGUCGAACACAUAGACAACAUCUCGGAUGUCGUCUACAAGAACGUCUACUGUGGCCUCUGCAACGGGGCCGAACUCUCCUCGCUAAAGUGCAUACCGAAGCGAGCUGUUCGAGAGACGUGGGUUCGCGUUCACAUCAAAACAUCGUUCAGGCCGAACCUCGUGUCUUUGAUGCGACCCGUUCUAACUCAGGAGUCUUGCUUUUCGUGGCACGACGACAAAUGCUACAUAAAAGUGCCCGAGUACUACUACACGAACCAUUCGAUUGGGGAUGGAAGCGACGAUGACAUCGACGUCCCCAACAGGACAAGGAUAGUAGCGUACAACGUUCAAAACUACCUCACACUCAUUUGCAUCGGUUUGUCCCUCGCGUGUCUUUUCUUGAAAGUCGUCGUGUACGUGUUUUUUAAAACUUCUCGUUCGUUUUCCACGCGCUGUACGUUGUGCCUGUCUUGUACAUUGUUCUGGAGUCACCUGUCAUUCCUUCUAGCAAACAGCUUCGACGUACACACUUUGGUGUGCGUUGUGUUCGCCAUAGUUCUUCAUUACGGGUUUCUUUCCACUUUCUUCUGGACCAGCUUGCUGUCCUUUGACAUUUGGAAGCACGUCGCGUCAGCGCGUAUUUCUUCCAGCAAGCGUAGUGGCUUUCUGCUGUACAGUGUCAUAGCCUGGGGCGUCCCUCUGCUCAUAGUCGGGACAAGCGUGGCCAUAAACUGGGCCGCCCCAGACUUUGUGCUUUCGCCUCGCUACGGCCGCUUCGGCUGCUGGAUAGGCAAUCUGUGGAGCCAGCUGGCGUUCUUCCUCAUGCCCAUGAUGAUCCUCCUUGUGCUGGACAUCGGUCUGUACGUGCACACUGUCGUCAAGAUCCGUAGAACGGCGAAGCGUGCGUCCAUAUUCGAAUUCACGGGUGGCAGUAACUACUGCCACAUGAGAUUGUACGUAAAGCUCGCUUUCAUCAUGGGCAUGACGUGGAUGCUCGGUUUCAUCACGGCUUUCUUCAAUGUGCUCGCCAUGGACAUCGUCGUCAUCAUCUUGAUCGGACUGCAAGGCGUGUACUUGUUCUUUGGCUUCAGGGACUAUCAUCAUCUGAUACCGAAGCGCUUCCGCAAAAGGCGGAAGUGUGUUCUUUCUGCCGUACCUACAGUGAACGCGCCAGUAGUCGCCGCUGAAGAAAGCGUCGAGGAACGGAACGUUAUUCGUCGGAGGUCUUCGAACGAAGUGGAAAAAGUUGAGUGAAGUGCACGCGUGUUUCGAAGCCUCCUAUAUGCGCACAAAUUCUGGACUAUGCUUCGCUACAAGUGAUGUCUGUAGUAUGUGCAUCAAACGCGAAUAAGUCAAAGUGCAAACAAAUCAGCUGCGAGGUGAUGCCACGGGACUAAGCCAGUGCUAUAGAGGUGAACGCGAGGUACAGACAAAAACUUUAGUGCAUUGGUGGAGCCACCAAAACGAGGUAUGUUCGAAGAGUCUUGAAAGACUGCUGUACUAAAGGACAAGCGCCGAAAGAUUAGUUCUGAUCUUCCUCAGACUUUGCUCGCGUACCAAACAUUCCUUGCUUGUGAGACACAGCGUCCUUUUACGAGUCGGGAAGAGCAAGUCUGGAUGCUCACCUUCCCCGACAGAAACGAGCAUGGACUCUUGGUAAUGUUAAAAAACUUGAGCGGUAUUAUAUUUUAAUGUGUUCAGCAGUGAUGCAUUGUGUCUGUUAUUGCAGUGCAAACCCUGUGGAAGUGAAUCGCAUACACUUCAGAGCUUCAGUAAAACUAGCAGUAAGCAACAUCGAGUCAACAUUUAUAUUGGCGAAGGCCGCCUAUAUAGCAAGCAGUCUAACCUAAAGAUAAAAAUUCUCGAAUAUCUUUUCUGUUCAGUCUGUUUUAGUGCCCGUCAUUGAUGUUAAACAGGCGCCAACGCCGAGAAGUAUUAGCUAUGGAAUUGUUUAUUUAUAACUCCUGCUAUCACAUUCCAAAUGCUGAUCGCUGUCCCAACUUGAUGUCUUGUGUUAGCGUUGCCUUAUGAAUGCUGCACUCUGAACAAUUUUUUGUAAAUGUGGUUAUAAAUUCGCUCACAGGUAUCGUGACCAGGAAGUUCUGGUGCACCACUCUUCAGCUCUUUAUUUUUGCUUCAG